CGGCAAAGCAGAGCCAAGUGGUGGUGCAGGACUUCGGAAUCGAGGGCGUCAGAAUGGCAAGCCCUGUGCGAUCGCCGGCGCUGGGCGCAUACCUGGCUGUGGCGCGUGCGAUGUUCCCGGCGGUGCGGGCAUGGGGAGGGUGGCGCCGGGUCGGCGGGCGCUACGAGGCUAUGGCGGGACGGGUUGGUGGCGAGGAUGGCGGUGUGUCCAAGUGCGGGAGCCGGCUCUGGGUCCAUGGCGCGUCGGUGGGCGAGAGCAAGGCCGGCUUGCUGCUGGCGGAGCUGUGGCUGGACGGCAGCGGGAGCGAGAGUGGCGAGCGGUCGGCGGUGGUCUCGGUCGGCACGGCGUCCGGGGUGGCGGCGCUGGAAAAGGCGGCAGCCGAGAGUGGCGGGAGAGUGGAUGUUGCUGCUGCGCCGCAUGAUGCGCCGCAGGCGGUGGAUGCCUUUCUCGACGCUAUCGGCUCGCCGCACAUCGGAGUCGUCCUCGAGUCGGAGCUGUGGCCGGCGCUUGUGCUCGGCGCAGCAGCUCGCGUCGACGCGCUGAUGCUGCUCGAUGCGCGGAUGUCGGCCAAGUCGCAGAAGCGCUGGCUCGGGCUGGGGUUGGCUGCUGACGCACUCCGUGGUCUUGGCUCGGCGUUUGAUGUCAUUGCCUCGCCGGAUGCGGACAUGCGGACGUUUGCCCGUGCGCACAUGGCCGGUGACGCGACGCGUGUUUUGGCCAUGCCGCCGAUCAAGGCGCUAGGAGCGCUGGGUACACUCGGCAGCAGAGGGCGUGGGGCCAGGCGGCAGGGCGGGCCACUGGUCUUUCCCGGGCCGUGGUGGAUGGCCUCGUGUGUGCAUGCUGCCGAGAUGGGCCUGGUGGCGCGGGUGGCGCAGCAGGUGCGGGUGGCCGCACCGGAGGCGGUGACGGUGGUAGCGCCGCGGCACAUGGACGCGCUUGGCGCGGCGGUCGAUGGCCUCCGUGACGCCGGGUUUGAGCUCGAGCGCAGCUUGAUUCUGUGGUCAGAGGCGCGCGGCGAGGUCCCGCCGGGUUGUGCCGUGGUUGUGGACGAGAUGGGCGUGCUCUCGCAGCUGUACGCGGCCGGGCCGUCCGGGGUGGUCAUGGGAGGCUCGUUUACGCCGAUCAUUGGCUCGCACAACGUGAUCGAGCCACUCGGUGAGGGCGCGCCGGUAGCGGUCGGGCCAAACUUGGGUGCAGCGGCUCCGGUGGUGGAUGCGCUGCGGGGGGCAGGCGUCUCUGGUCUGGUGUCUGUGGGUGGCGACGAGCCGCAGGCGGCGAGCGAGUGGUUGCUCGGGGAGCUGCAGCGCGACGGAGCGAGCGCGGCGGCGGGACGAGCGGCUGUCCGGGCCGAGGUAGUGGCAUGGGCUGAGGCUCAGGUUGCGGAGAUCGAGGCCGUGCUGAGGGUAGGCGAGCGGGUGGCAAAGUUGCGACGUCGCGAGUGAGCGGCGGCGAAGGUACCGGUAGUCAGACAGAGGCCGGAGAGUGGGCAAAUGAGCGUGACUGCUCGUUGUACGGGUUGGCCGGGCCGAGCGAUACGGAGAGGUUCUCACGGGCGUGGACGAGCUGGGUAAAGAUGGCACAGGUCGG